UAAAUAGUUUAUUUAUAUUUAUUUUGGACGUUAUUAUUUAAGAUGAGGAGAUUUGGCUGAUUUGUUGUAAUAACUUUAUCCUGUGUCGAGUCAGAGACCUCUGUGAGUCUGUGUUUUUUUAGCAGGCCAGCUGUUGUCAUUGUGCACCAUGGCGAGUGCUGCAAAUGCAAACAUGAACGCAGUCCGGGAGACGAUGGACGUGCUCCUGGAGAUCUCCAGGUUGCUAAACACUGGUUUGGACAUGGAGUCUUUGUCCAUAUGUGUGAGGCUGUGCGAGCAGGGCAUCAAUCCAGAAGCUUUGUCAGCAGUCAUCAAAGAACUGCGUAAAGCUUCUGAAUCCCUCAAGGCUUCUGAAAACUGCACUAACUGAAGCUGCGGCCUGAUCACCACAUCAGUUUGGGGGCCUCGUUUGAGAACUUGCCCUAAUCCUGGAUCUUUAUGGGCUCUCCAGCCAGAUUUGUCUGUGUUGGCACUCCUGUCCUCUGCGUCUCCUUGGUGACUAACUGCUCCUGGUCUGUGCUUCGACUUGUGUCUGAGUUUCUGAGAAGAGGAAUCAAUCUCAGCCUUUUUCCUAAACCCCAGACACGAGGGCAUGCUCAGCCAUUCUGUGUCAAAUAUUUCUCCUGCUACUAUUUAUGAAGUUCGGAGGUGGCGUUGACAUCCUGCUCUAAUUUCUGAUGCGGCAACUUGUGGAUGCACUUUUUCACGGGGAAAUGUUUUUUUUAUGAUGUUUUGAAAUGUCUAUAAUUUGUUUUUAAUUUUUUUGUUUUGUUAUUUUUUUCCAUGUAUGAUCGAACAAAGUCUAAAUUAAAGUGAUACAGUCGACGGCCA